AUGGGCGGCUCGCUGAGUCUUCUGAUGAGGCUUCAAAAGGCAUUCAACCCAACAGUCGUCGCAAAACAAGAUGCCCUGCUACAGAUUGGUAUCCUGGGUGCGGCACAGAUAGCUCCAUCGGCUAUCAUCUUGCCAGCUCGAAAUCAUCCAGAAGUUGCGGUGGCAGCUGUUGCGUGUCACGACAAAGGAAGGGGCGACAAAUUCGCGAAAGCAAAUGGGGUGCCGCACAUAUACCACGGCAGCAACGCCUACCAAGAACUCCUUGACGACUCUACUAUUGAUAUCGUUUACAUUGCCCUGCCGAACGCGCUUCAUUAUGAAUGGACGAUGAAAUCCUUGAAGGCCGGAAAGCAUGUUUUAUUGGAGAAGCCCAGCGCUAAUAACGUUGAGGACGCAAAAGCUAUGUUUGCGUAUGCCGAGGAAAAAGGUCUCGUUGUUCUCGAAGGGUGUCAUUCCAGAUUCCAUCCCGCAAUUGUCCGCUUCAAAUCAAUUAUUGACAGUGGCAAAUUCGGAAAGGUUGUCUCUUUUGCCGGUGCUUUCCGUCUUUCUAAGCUCCUUGGAGAUGACGACAUCCGCUUCAACCUGAGUCUCGGCGGUGGAACGCUAAUCGAUCUUGGAAGCUACGUUCUCGCUCUGACGUGUUAUGCAUUGUCCUCUGAGCUCACUGGCAUCGUCCAAGCCCACGCUGACAGACUUUCAGACGAUCCCAAUGCCGACACCUCCAAAAUUGAUCUUAGGACCACUGCGACCCUAGCAUUUCCAUCCGAUAUCACCUCGUCUGUGGACGCAGACUGGCAUAAGCCGCGCUACGGUCCUUUCGGGCUCCUCAUGGGUAUGCCCGAAGCCAGCUUGACUUGUGUCAUGGAAGGAGGCGAGGUCAGGCUGUCUAACUACGUAUUCCCGAACAUCUGGCACUCGCUGUCUGUCACCCCAAAGGGCGGGAAGAAGCAGAUGGAAUAUGCGUAUGCAUUCGAAGGAUCUCCGAAGGAGCAACAGUACUGGUCUACGUAUCGACACCAACUUGAGGCAUUCGUUGACAAGAUCAAGGGACGACAGCCCAGAAACUGGGUGACGCCGGAAGAAUCCAUCAAGAUCAUGAAAUGGAUUGACAAGCUGUACGAAAAUACUGGACUGGGUCCACGACCAAGCACAUCCUUCGUUUUUGUCAAGUAG